CCCCUGUCGAUUAACCGGGGUGCCCCUAUAUGUAGAAUCUUAAUGGGCAAAAUCACAGUCGUGUCUCUGAGAAGCUAUAUUUAACAGUCUGUGAGAGGUUGUGGUCAUUAUACAGUCACAGGACUCGUGAGUCGUGAUCUCCGUGGCUGUGUGUGUGUGUGUGUGUGUGUGUGUCAUCCCUGACGUUACCGGCCCGCCUACAUCACCCUCUGCCUCCCUCAGUGACACACACAGACUCUCCAGCAGCUUCUCGAGUCAAGAGGCACCGUUCUGUCAGUGCCGACACCGCAUCCGCCGCUCCUGACGCGAGUCCUCACUGGUAUGGACGCCGGAGGAGAGCAUUGACCAGCCAGGAACCAUGCCUACUGUGCUCGGUGGCAAAGGGAAACUUUCCAUUGUCUGUUUUCUGCUCCGAUGCGCAUAUUCUCAGGUAACAAGAAGUCAACACAACAGCUGUGCCAAAGAUAUUCUGGAGGACAUGACUCAGUCCUGGCCGUCCCAACAAGCCUUAGGGGGUGACCAGGCUCAACGAAUCCUCUACAGCCCUAAGGAUGCAAAACAAGCGACUGCACAACAAAGGCAAGGCCGGGGGGAUGUUCAGCUACGAAUGACCCGCCGCCCUCACAUGGCACCUCACAAAUCUAUGCUCGUCGACGACCUGAAGCUGAGCAGUGAUGAUGAAGACACUUACAGGGCCGCUCACGAAUCCACUUCCUGGGAUAAACACAGCCAGUCAGCACAGCAAGGACACACACAUGGCAGACGGGUGAGACAUUCCAGUUCUGACUCUUCAGGCUCAGACUCCACGGUGGAGUCGGCCAGCAGCAGCCUUCAUUCCCGGAGCCAGAGUCCAGAAGUUCACCCAGAUCCUGCAUCGCCUGCCAACAGGCAUCCGCCCUGCAACAACAACAAGGAGACUGAUCGGCCCUCUGCUGCCCAGUGGCAGUUGGAUAAAUGGCUAAAAAAGUCCCGCAAAAAAUCUGCCAGCAGUGAACAGCAGCAGGUUUCUUCCCAGAACACUGCAGGACGACUGCCCUCUCCUCACACCCAGCACGUACCGUCUCCACUCAGGUCGUGGGACAGCAAUCAGGAAUAUAGCCCCAGCCAAAGCCCUAUUCCCAGCCCACAGUUCAAUUACAGCCACGACAAUACCCCCCUUCCUAGUCCUGGUUACAGCUACUGCCCAAGCCCCAGCCCAUUCACCAGCACCUGUGCAAGUCCUAGCCCUAGCCCGAGGCACAGUUCAAUCCUCAGUCCAGCUCUAAGUGUUUGCCCCAGUCCGUGUGGGAGUCCAAGAGGGAGCAGAAGCCCAAGUCCUGCAACUAGAGGUCCUCCGAAAAGCCCAAGUCCAAGCUUACCCUCUCCUACGAGGCUGCGUCACUAUCCUGAGAGUCAACCUGACCAAACAACCAAUUCUCACAGGACAAAAAUUAGGUCAUGGACUGGCCCAUUGCCUAACAGUGACAACAGGAACAAGCUCACAAACAAAGGUUAUCCUCACCCAACUCAUCAGCACAGGCCCAGGGCUCGACCCACACAGGACCAAGACCAAAACCAAAGCAAAUCCAAGGCUUCUGCUGUUUUGAACUCUGACCGGAAUCACAGCCACAAAUCUAGACCCAAAUCUAACUGUCAUCCAAAUCUUAAGCAGCUCUCAGAUGCCCCCAAAGCCAAACACUCAUUACAUUUUGAGCAAAUCCAGAGUAGCAGAUCCAACCACAGCUCCAACCACAAGCUCAGGCCUCAGUUUCAACCCAGCUCACAACUUAGCCCCACGAGAGCGAAGCACUUAGUUCCUGCUAGUCGUGAAGCCAACACUAGUCAUAGUUCACAAUCUAAAGCUUUCACUAACUCUAUCACUGGUAGUGGGUCAAACUCUAGGGCUAGUCUUAGCCUUAAACCUAGGGCUAAGUUGUGGGAGGCAACAGCAACAACUGCUGUGCAUGUAAAUCACACAAAAGCAUCACAGAGGAAACCCCACAUCAAGGAUCAGGAGGUGGAUCACAGAAGAGAGCAUCCAAGCCAAGCAGAGGCGAGAAGACGUGAGAGAAAAGAGGACGGGCAUCGGGAAAAACAGAAAAAAACACAGGAUAGAAAGGAAGAGAGGAGGCUGGCGGAGGAGCAGCUGCUGAGACGCCCCUGGAUCCAGAGCUCAGCAGAAGAAGAGGAAGAGGAGGAGGAGGUGAUAGAGCGGCAUAGGAGGAGAGAGGAGGAAUCGAAAGGUGAAAACAGGAGGAGGGAGCAGCAGCAUAGACGCGAAUGGCAAACAGUCGAGGCCAAACAGAGACUGCCCACCGAUGCCAAGCAACACCGCAUUAAGGACAACUCACACCUCCAGGGGGCGACAAAAAAGGGAGGGAGAAGUGAGGAGGAGAGCGAGCCACAACCAGCCCCUUCACCUCCUCCAUCACGCUCACCAACUCCUCAAAGACCACCAUCCCCAUCCUCAUCUUCUUCUUUUUCCUCCCCCUCUUCAAACUCAGAUUCAGAAUAUCAGGCUCCGAUCACCAAAGUUCCCGCAGACUCCACCUCUCACAAGAGACUCAGGAAGGGAGGGCAACAAGGCCCAAACAGACCUGAUACCAGCAGGCCUAAGGCAGGGCUCAUCAGAGGCCCCAUCUCGACUAAGUCAAGUGAGGGACAGCAGGGAGACGGGAAGCAAAAGCUCUACACACUAGUCCCUUUUGGGCGAGGUGAUCAGGCCACUGUUUCCUCCCAUCGAGGGCUUAGGAAUCUGGUGGUGCAGAUAGACCUCUGUCUUCUCAAAAGGGUUCCAGACAGCACGACAAGUUCCCCUGUCAAAAAGCCGCCAUCCUCUCCCUCUUCCUCUUUGUUAACCAAGGACAAACAAAGAGAGGCAAUGAAACAUCUGUAUAUACCUGACAGCAAAAGAAAGCGCAAGUUGGAGAAUGGCGUGUCACACAGAGACAGCAAGAGGACUCAUCCUCAAACAAACGACCUCCCUGGUCACACAGAGACAUCAACUCACACAGCAGCGCAUGACUUUUUGACUGAGACCACACACAACGGGUAUUUGGAGGAGUACUUAGACAGCAAGAGGCCACUGUCUCCCCUGUCUCCAUUGUCCAACAGUCCUGAGUCUGCCAAGCCUCCCCCCAAAACAAAGGCCUUAGAGCAGCAUCACAUCCACACCCACAAGAACAGAGACAAGAAUAGAGAUUCUUCUGUGAAGACUCAGCCCAAAACGGAGGUGGAAUGCAUAAAAGUGUCAAGACAGCCCCAGCCCCCGCCUGAGUCCUGGGGCCCUGCUGGACACAUCGGGACCGCACCUAACCACGAAACUCCACACCACGCUGAGUACUAUUUGCAUGAAGCUAAAAGGAUGAAGCACCGUGCAGACGCAAUGGUUGACAAGUUGGGGAAGGCUGUGAACUAUGUCGAUGCAGCUCUGUCCUUCAUGGAAUGUGGCAAAGCAAUGGAGGAGGGGCCACUGGAGGCAAAAUCUCCAUACACCAUGUACUCAGAGACAGUGGAGCUUAUCAGGUACGCUAUGAGGCUGAAGAGCCACUCUGGCCCUGGGGCAAGACAGGAAGACAAACAGCUGGCAGUUCUGUGUUUCCGAUGCCUCGCGCUGCUUUACUGGCAGAUGUUUCGUCUAAAGAAGGACCAUGCCCUGAAAUACUCCAAGGUUCUGCUGGACUAUUUUAAGAGCUCUCCCAAAGUGCCUACUACACCACCCUGCUGGAAUGACCAUGGGAAGAAUGUGGGAGGACCUCUUCCCUCUCUCUCACCCAAUGCCAAAAACCUUGGACGGAGUUCACACGGGGGCAGCACCUCCCCCUCCUUCAUAAGCAUCCCUCAACGUAUCCACCAGAUGGCAGCAAAUCACCUGAACAUCACCAAUAGUGUCCUGUUCAGCUAUGAGUAUUGGGAGGUGGCAGACAACCUUGCAAAGGAGAAUAAAGAGUUCUUCAACUACUUGAACACAUUAUCUGGGCCAUUGACUCUUCACAGCAGCAUUGCUCACACAGUCCAGUACACCAGACAAGCUCUUCAGUGGAUACGCAUUAGUGCCAAACUUAACUAAAGCUGCUUUCAGAGGAUGCUUUCAGACAUGCACUCGACGCUAGAGCUUCUCCGGAGAUCGCGUGAAGGGGUGAAGUCGCUCUGGAGAUCCUCCUGCCAUCUGCCCAGUCUAAUCUGCGAGUGAGCUCAUGUGAAAACUCUGCAUGAUUCACACCAAGUGAAUGGGCGAGUGUUCUGUCUCCUGCAUGCUCAAGCCAAAGCUCCUGCCAUUGUGAACACAUCUUACCUUAACAGUGUCCUGCUGUGUUCGACGUAUGUGAAUAGUAAAGUUGAUCUCCAGGCAUUACUCUGCGUUCAUAAGAAGAAGGGAAUCUUCCUUUUACCUGCUCUAUGGAUCUCCAGGCCUAGUGUACUGUUGAAGAGACUGUGGAUGUCUGUACAAAUGGCAAGACUGACACUUUUAGUGUGAAAUGGAGUUGAAGUUUGUCAUCCUCAUAGGAUGUUGGGAUGCUCGUCGCCUGGGCCUUACUGUGUGGAACACCCUCUGAAGGUGUGAAGUCUCUAAAUGCAGCUUCUUCCUCAUCAGUGGAUUAAUCGGAGGUGUUGCAGUGUGGAAUUCAGUCUCUUGUUACUUGCCAAAUAUACCAUGGAUCAAAAAGAACUUGCAUUCAAAGCUUUUGUCAUACUUUGGAUUUGAUCCUUAUCAAGCAGACUGUUUCUAUGGAGCCAAAAAGAGGAGGAAAACCCCAGCCAAUCAUGAACCACUUUUUCUAGAAUAAAACACAGUUCUGCAUCUUUUGAUAAUGAAGUUUUAAAGGUCUCUUAUUUUUUAGAAUUGUUGAUGUUUUCAUUUUUAUGUGGUUUUACUGUGCAAUAUUUGAUGGAUUGUCAGUUUUUAGUAAAAAAAAAAAAGAAAAGAAAAAACACAGAAGAAUAAACAUUUUGGUAAAUCUAGUUGCCAACAUUAAA